CAUGCUUUUAUGACAAAUUGUUCACUGAUGUACUUGCGUGAGGAGGUUGAGGUACUGACAUAAAUUUUGAUAUAUUUUUUAUCUACAAUGGCUAGUAACUCAAAUAAUAUAUCAGAAGCUGAAGCUGCAUUAUACGACAGGCAAAUUCGUCUAUGGGGCCUAGAGGCUCAGAAGCGAUUGCGAGCCUCUUCGGUUCUGUUUAUUGGUUUGAAGGGCCUUGGUGCUGAAGUUUGCAAGAACAUUGUUCUCUCUGGUAUUAAAUCAAUAACACUAAUGGAUCAUAACAAUGUUACAGAAGAAGAUUUCUGCUCCAACUUUCUUAUCUCAUCCAGAGAAGACAUUGGUAGAAAUAGGGCAGAAGCAUCAGUAGAGAGAACACAGGAGCUGAACCCAAAUGUAAUGGUCACUGCAGAUACUGAUAGUCCUGACCAAAAGCCAGACAACUUCUUCGAGCAAUUUGAUGUCGUCUGUGCUACAUGCUGCCCUCGUGCUACCAUCUUCAGACUUAAUAACAUCUGCCAUGAUAAAGAUGUCAAGUUUUUCGCUGGUGAUGUCUUCGGUUUCUACGGCUACAUGUUUGCCGACUUAAAUGAACAUGAAUUUGUUGAAGAAAAACCAAAAAUGGUUGAAAAAGAAGACUCUAAAGGUGUUAAGCGACUAACAGCUGACGAUACAGAAACAGUUGUUACAAAGAAGACGUUUUCUUAUUGUCGCUUUAAAGAUGCCCUAGAAGUCGAUUGGUCGACAGAGAAGUACACAAAAGCAUUGAAAAGAGCAUCAGAUGUAUACUUCAUAAUGCAAAUUCUACUAAUGUUCCGUGAUAAAUUUGGAAGAGAUCCACAACCAAGCAACCUUGAAAAUGACCGAACUGAAUUGCAUCGGUUACGGGACGAAGUCCUGGAUAUGCUAAAAGUCAAGUCUGAUCCUGUUGAUGACAACUUCAGUGGUCAUUGUGCUGCUGAGCUUAGCCCAAUCUGUGCCAUUGUUGGUGGGGUCAUGGGUCAAGAAAUUAUCAAGGCUGUGUCGUGCCGAGAUGUACCGCAUAACAAUUUUUUUUUCUUCAAUGGAUUGAAUAGCGCAGGAAUAGUAGACUGUAUUGGAAGUUGAAGUCCAAACAGUUGAGGACAGUUGGUGUUUUCAUUCACUGAGUUGAUGGAUUUAAAGAAUGCUCUUGUAGCAUUUUAAGAUCUAAUAUCUUCACUAGAAUUGUUAUUAUGAAAUGACAACAGCACUUUUAACAUAACCUAACAUUAACAUAACAUUAACUAUAGCAUUUAUAACUAAGUAGCUGUAACAUUUAUUGGCAGGGCUUUCACAAAGUGGACUAGAAUUGUUGAAUGGGUUGUAACUUAUAAAUCAAAUACACUUGUUUAGUCAACCAUUAUGUAAUUAUGUUCAGGUAAAAACCUGUUUACCUUUCCUUCUUUCACACCCACCUCCCCCGCCUCUCAGCUCUUCCUUUUUCUGUUUUGUUAACUUUGAUUUCUUUUAAUAGACUACUCAAUUACAGUAAAAGUACAGUAUUUUUAAUAUUUUUAUAUAAUAUAUUUGAGGCAUCCUGUAAUUGGCUUUUUGCUGUUGGAUUGAAUAAAUAAAAUGCAGUUUGCAAGAACAAAAUUUGAUAAAAA